UGUGGCUGUAGUGUCAAAGUUUUAGUGCAGAUCGUUGUAUGAUGAUCUUUUUAGCGGCGAGAGUAAGAGAGUACUGAACUACUGAUAGUGUUUGCUUUUAAUGUUUUGACCAGUACAGAACUGCGCACCAACUGUUUGUUGAUUUGCCACAACGAAGAACCCAUUUGCUAUAACAUCGCCGGCGGCAGGGUUUCUUUCUUUGAUUUUUUUUCUGAAGAAGUAAGCAGAGAUGGAUCAUCUCUCAAAUGCCUUUUCAUUGCUCGAUCUGGACGUUGAAAAUGCUGAUGAACAAACUUCGGAACCGAUUGAAGCAAAAUACAAGAUGCCGCUGGUGUGGAUUGACCUGGAAAUGACCGGUCUAAAUGUUGAAGUUGAUAGAAUUUUGGAGAUUGCUUGUGUGAUUACGGAUGGAAAGUUAACCAAAUCUAUUGAUGGUCCUCAUUUGGUUGUCCAUCAAACAAAGGAGUGCCUCGAUAAAAUGGGAGAAUGGUGUCAAGAACAUCAUGCAGCUAGCGGUCUAACAGAGAAGGUUCUUCAAAGCACGACAAGUGAACAAGAAGCUGAAAAUAAGGUUGUUGAAUUUGUGAAGAAAAAUGUGGGCACAUAUACGCCUCUUAUAGCUGGGAAUUCGAUCUACACAGAUCUUAUAUUCUUAAGGAAAUACAUGCCAGAUUUGGCUGCCCUUUUCUCACACGAAAUUGUCGAUGUAAGCAGUUUAAAGGCCUUAUGUAUUCGGUGGUAUCCAAGAGAUAACAGAAGGGCUCCUCGGAAGGGAAACAAACACAGAGCAGUCGACGACAUCCACGAAAGUAUAGCCGAACUUAAAUACUACAGAGACCACAUUUUUAAAUCCUUCAACUCUAAGAAAUGAUACUUUUAAUUAUAUUACAGACUGGUGAUUUUGAACCGUAGAUUUAUAUAGCCACCCGCUAAGCACACAUACAUAUGGGUGUGUGUUAUUAUGUGUAGAUCAAUGGUUCAAGAUCACUCGGUGUAUUUCACCAGAUGUAGCAUCUACGAAACCAAGAAAAUGACAACCAUGCGUGCAUUGAAUUUUGUUAAUUUUCUUUUUAAUAUA